GCGAGUUUUUGCGCAGUAAAGUAGCAGUAAUACUAAGCUAGGUGCGCUAUGUAUUAUUUAUGUUGGCAUAGCUUCAGUCACCUGUGAUUACAAAUCACCUUUAAGCAUUAAAGGACUGCCUUUUUUUUCUUUUUUUUUAAGAUCCGUUAUGGCCGAUGAAGACCUAAUUUCAGUGGAUUAUGAGAUUUUUGGCAGAGUGCAAGGUGUAUUUUUUCGGAAAUACACGCAGGCAGAAGGGAAGAAACUUGGCCUUGUUGGCUGGGUCCAAAACACACCAGCAGGAACAGUGCAAGGGCAGCUACAAGGCCCACGCAAAAAGGUGAAGGAAAUGCAAGAAUGGCUGAGAUCCACUGGGAGCCCCAAGUCACAAAUAACCAAGGCAGAGUUCAAGAAUGAGAAAGAAGUUGACAGCCUAGAACAUUCAUCUUUCAACGUAGUAAAAUAACUGUGCCUUUAAUAGUAACUUAUGCAGAUGUUUUAUUUAUUUAGUCUUUUUUGUUUUUACUGGUUGGAAUUUAACAUUUAAACUGAAUGGGAGGAAGAGGUGUACUGCAUUCGUUUGAUCUCCUAAAUGUUCACGGAAUAUGUAACAACAUUAAUAAAUGGGAACUUCCUUCA